GCAGACAGACGCAUUCGGCUCCUCGUUUCUCUCUCCUCUCUUCGUUCCCGCGCGGAGAGGGAGAGAGAGAAACAGGGGAACGGACCCCCUCUUCCCUGCCAAGAAACCACGAUUUCUUACGGCCUUUUUGCAGGGAAAUUUUUUACCUCUGCUGCGACCGGUGCAAAAUUUCGAAUUCCUCCAUUGCACUUCUCUCCGUGCAAUCAGCCAUUCAUAUUUUGACUCUGGCAUUCGCUCAGCCUUCUCAAGGAUCGGAAGCUCCUUAUAUUAUAUAUAAAGAUCAAACUUCCUUGGGCUGCAUCGAGGCAUUGGUGUGAUUCAUUGGGAAAGCGCUGUCACCUGUAUGCAAAUUUUGAUGUAAACCGACCAGACAUGGCUGCGAAAGACGGCUCGGGAUCACAAAGGUUCUGGCCCAUGCUGUCCUACGCUUGCGGCGAGCUAUGUGUGAUCAUACUGCUCUACGUGGCUGCCCUGGCAUCCUACGCAGCCACAAGGUUGGCGCGCAUCUGCGGGCUCCGGCCGCCCUGCAUCAUGUGCACGAGGCUGGACCGCGCCCUCCACGGAAACCCAUGGUUCUCCGGGGACUUGGUCUGUGCCGUGCAUCGCUCUGAGAUCUCAUCUCUGGCUCACUGCAAGAGCCAUGACCAGCUUGCACGCUCUGGUGAUCUCUGCAAAGCAUGCCUACUUUCAUGCAAAGCGGCAGGUGUCGGUGAGGAGGUGAACUCUCGAUCUGCAUCCAGCAGGUCAACAAGGUUGUGUUCUUGUUGCUCGGAUCCAUUCAAGAAUGCUCGCAGCGCGCAGAAGCAUUCUGAAGCAGCCAAUGCCGUGGAGUCUUGGGAUAGUGUACCUGCAGAUCAUCCAAAUGAGAAGACUUUUGUGGUGGGUAUUGAGGAAGUUCAUGAAUCAGAUGGUUCACCAGGCUCACAUGGACAAUCCAGAAAGGACAGCGCCCCUUCUGCGAAUCUUGGGACAGCAAAGAGCAACUAUAGAUCGGCCGCACCAACACGCAUUGCUGUGGACCGCAACGUCAGUGUGAAGAAUGCUUCCGUUGCUAGGGUCAACUUGACAUCUCCUCGGCCAUCAGAAAUUCUGUGUGCCAGGGACAGCAAUUCAACAACGCAGCAAGAAGUGAAGGCGCUCCUUUCUCAAAUAUCUUCUGUACGGGGCCUUGAUAGUUCUUCGAGUGAAGGAUCUCCUAGCCCUGGUAUCAAUGCUCUGAAUGAGGAAAGCAACCCCGCGAGCAAGAGGCCAUAUCUCGAGAGGAACUAUUCUGUGCUGGAACCUUCAGACGGGAGCCUCAUCGACGAUGUUGAAGGGGAGAGCUCUCUCGAGAAUGUAAAGAAACAGCUUGAGCUCAACAAGAAGUCAAUGGCUGCUCUUUACAAAGAGCUUGAGGAAGAACGGAGUGCUUCGGCAGUCGCAGCUAGCCAGACGAUGGCCAUGAUCAAUAGAUUGCAGGAGGAGAAGGCUGCAAUGCAGAUGGAAGCACUGCAGUACCUGAGGAUGAUGGAACAGCAGGCGGACCACGACCACCUAGCAAUACAGGAUCUACAUGAUUUACUUACAGAGAGGGAGAAGGAAUUGCUUGACUUGGAAGCUGAACUUGCACAGUGCAGGAGGAUCCUGCAGAACGAUCCAUUCAAUGAUGACAGACUUAAUGGCACUGAUACAAUGAACAAUACGGAUUUUGUGGGGAGCGCCAUGUCGCAUUUUGAACAUGAUAAGGCAUACAUUUUGGAAUCCUUGAGCAGAUUGGAGGAAAACCUUGGCAUUUCGACAAACAGACUUGCUUCUGGUGACGCCGGAAAUAGUCAAGAAGACAUACUGUUUGAAGAUCAUACAAGAGCUGAUGGAUCUCCUUCCAACAGUGACAAGUUGAGUGGUGCAGCAAGUCUUAAGAUUGAAAUUUCUCUGUUGAAUAUAAGAAUGAGGGCACUUGAAGAGGAUCAGGAGUUUCUCAAGCAGGUAUUGAGUUCCCUCCGAUGUGGUAGUGAUGGACUGCAGUGUAUACAUGAGAUAACCAGCCAUUUGGCAGAGUUACGAAGAGCUGUGACUCAUUAAGGAAAAUGUUUUUGCCCCGAGUUCACACUAUUUGGCCAUCAUGAGGUCUUCUCAUGCAGAUAUAUGCAGGCUAAAGAGAGCGCUUCCAGUGAGUGCCCACAAUGCCAUCUAUCUUAAAUCGUACAAACCUGAAGAUGGAUGCCAUUGCAGGAAUACCCAUGCUCUUCACUUCUGAUCAGGCUCAAUAGCAGACCAAAAUUUUCCAUCUCUUGCACUUGAGUUUCUCGUCGACAUUUGCAGAUUACUGAAACAGAUGGAACUCUAAAAAGAAUUACUGAAAGAGAUGAAACAUCUAUUGUAUGUGAUAUGGCGGUUGUUGGAAUUAGGAGCAAACCUGUAACUGUAGAUGUAACCAACCUUGAUUGUUCCUGCAAAGAGGAGUUAAAUUGUACAUGAUAUAUGCAGUUCAUGUAAAGUCAGUGAGUAUCCCUUAUUCUGGGAUGCAAGGUUAUGACUAUCCAAUUUCCUUGUCUCCAA